CAAAAUGCACCCUUCUUGUACGCGAGCUACACCAGUGGCGAGCCCGUCGCAUAAAGAGAAAAAGGGAAAGUUCAAGCCCCCAAACCUUUCACUUCGCAACCAACAAUGAGAUCCCUCCUCGAAGUCCUCGCCACUCCGUCGUCGGAACUGAUUGUUGAUACAACAUCAGGCUACUUCAUUUCUGAUGAGCAGCACGCCCAAGGCCGGCGACUACGGGGAGUACAAGGGUCCGAAACUUUGGUAUGAGGCAUUGAGGCUUCUGUUCUAAUAGAGGCUGAUCACCUGCCCAAUUGAGGCUGGCUACAAAUGAAGUCGACGCGGCAAGCCAUUGCGAUAUCUUCCAGGACGCAAACGUGUUCUAGUUGGUGCUACUAGGCUUUUAUUGUCAAUGGUCCGUUCAUUAACAAGUACGGAGUUGUGUAAAUCUGGCCGACAGCUUUUUGGACUUUGUUUGUUUGUUUGUUUUAUUCUGCGGUAUGUAGCAUUGUCGGCGUUGAUCCCACGUCGGUGGGUCGCUGAUAGCACAUACGUGAACAAUUUUCUGCCGGUCGGGAGCGCGCGGAGUCAACCAAGAGUCCAAAAAGCUCCUGCCCUUGGCGCUCGUGUGAGCAGCCUGAAGUUUUGCAGGUUAAAUAUCCCCCGGACUCCAAGGUUGGCUCAUAAUCCGUCUUGACCAGAUCAACUCCCACAGUCAGGCGUUGUUGCCGCCCAUCAUGUAUACUAUGAUUAUUCUCUUCUUG